UGGCAGGGUCUGAGACGCGGCAGGGGGUGCCAUACAGUGCCCAGCAGCCUAGUCUGGGGCUUUGUCACUAAAGCAAAGAAGUCACUUCUAGGCCCAGGAGGCAGCUGUCCCAUGCUCUGCUGAGCACGGUACCAUGCCUCUGUGCCUCCUGCUGCUGCUGCUGCUGGUGCCUCUGAGCACAGCCUCCACCCAGGAGGAUGCAGCUAAGGGAGCCCCAGGCCCUGCCCUUGCCCGGGGACGGAGACAGGUGGAGCUGGAAGAUGACUUCGAAGACUAUUCCGAAGAAUAUAACACAGAACCUCCAGAAACACUCACAGAGACCACUGGGCCUGCAACUACAGACUUUAAGCAUGGGACCCUGAAGGACCAUCUAGCGUGGACAGAUUCUGUGGAGCCUGGAACCUCUGAGCUACCCACCCUGGAGGCUGCCGUGAAGCCAGUCACAGUGGAUUUAGCUACAGAACUGAGCUCUGUGAAUGUUUCUAUCAUGGAGGCUGCCCUCAAAGACGAGGCCCUAUCCGGGCCACUAGCAGCCACAGAGACAGAGACCACUCAGCCAGCAGCCACGGAGGCAGAGACCACUCAGCCAGCAGCCGUGGAGGCAAAGACCACUCAGCUAGAAGUAACAGAAAUGGAGACCACUCAGCCAGCAGCCACAGAGGCAGUGACCACUCAGCCAGCAGCCACAGAGGCAGAGACCACUCAGCCAGAAGCCACGGAGGCAGAGACCACUCAGCCAGCAGCCACGGAAGCAGAGACCACUCAGCCAGCAGCCACAGAGCCAGAGACCACUCAGCCAGCAGCCACAGAGCCAGAGACCACUCAGCCAGCAGCCACAGAGGCAGUGACCACUCAGCCAGAAGCCACAGAGCCAGAGACCACUCAGCCAGCAACCAUAGAGGCCCUGCCUGUGAGUCUCACAGUCACAGAAGCUCUGCCCACAGAGCACAUUGCUGCAGUGGCUAUGUCCACAGAGCCAGGCACCACGGAGUUCUCGUCCUCGGGACCCACCCCUACCAUCGCCUUUUUUGGGCGCUCUGUCACUCGAAAGGACACCACUGUGGCAGCCAGCAACUUGUUCAACAUGGGCCUGAAGAAAGGGGAGGCUGUGCCCACUAGGAGCUCCACGGCCCCCAGCCCCACUGAGGCCCCAGGGCGCAUCCCUGUGAGGCAGUGCCUGCUGGCCAUCCUCAUCCUGGCACUGGUGGCCACCAUCUUCCUCGUGUGCACUGUGGUGCUGGCUGUCCGCCUCUCCCGCAAAGGCCACAUGUACCCUGUGCGCAACUACUCACCCACAGAGAUGGUCUGCAUCUCGUCCCUGCUGCCCGAUGGGGGCGAGGGGGCCUCCACUGCAGCCAACGGGGCUGUGACCAAGGGUCACGACCUAAAGACGGAGGGCAGGGAGGACCGAGAGGGGGAUGACCUGACCCUGCACAGCUUCCUCCCUUAGCUGCCCGAGAGACCCCGGCCCUGUCGCUCCUCUGCAGCCACCCACAGCUCUGGCUUCCCGGGAGACCCCGGGGAGAGGGGUCUGGAGGACAGGACUGCGGCUGCCCCAAACAGAGUCAAGAGCCACCAAGGUCCCACAGCCACGUAGGCCCUGCCGGCAGAAUCACCCCCCCUCCUGCCUUGGUGGAGCCCGGCUGUCCCCAGGCCCUGCCUGCGAAAUCCGCCCUCAACCCUUCCUUGUCCCGGGUCAGUUCUGGGGGCCUCUAAGUCCUCCUCCUGCUGCUGUCUGCUGUCCACCUCCCUCCAGGCCACUGUGGCCUCAUCCCCAGGUACCAAGGAAGACUGAGUGCCCCUAUUCCCCUUCUGGUUGCCGUGGUGGCCAGGUAGGAAGGGAAUGCUUUGGGGAGGGAUGCUGAAGAGUGAUGGAUUCCUGAGGCCAUUUCCCUGUGUCCCCCACCCCAAGAGGGGCAGCUUGGGGCUCCUUGGGCGCUGUUCUGGGAUCCCAAGGCGGGCCUCAGCAGGCCCUCUGUGGGACUGUGCGGGCCAGUUCCAUCUUGGACGGUGAUCCCACUCUUCCCUCGCUUGUUUUCCCCUUGGCUACGUGUUAGGGUGGGCUCUGUCCCUGCUCUCACCCAGCCCAGCUCCCAUCAAUGUGGAUGAAGGAGAAGGCACAGUGGCUGAGUCCUUCGCAGGACUCCGGGAAGCCCUCCCUGCUCUCUCCAUGCUGCAGGUGCGGCAGGUGCUUUCCAGCGCCAGGUCCUCAGCCCCAGGCUCUCGGGAGCCCCCAUCGUGGGCUGUUCACAGGGCAAUGGGCCAUCUUGGUUCUGCUUGGGCAGCUGGAGAAGCUCUUGUGCUGUGAGGGGAAAACGGGGGCUUACUUAAUCUCCCCACAGAAGUAGGUGCCCCCAGAUCUCAAACACACCUCCACGUGCCCAUGCCAUCCUCCUGGAAGCCCGCCCCUGCCCACUAAGGCCAGGGACAUCUCCUCCCAGGCAGAGCAGCCACAGCAAGUCGUCUCCACCACUCAGAGGGGUCAGGAUGGGAUGGCACCCAGAGUCUGGCAGGCUUGGUGACACAAGCCUCUAGUCCCAGCCCUCAAGGGAGAAUCUCAAGUUCAAGUCCAGCCUGAGCAAUUUAGCGACUUA